AUGCGAGAAUUCUUGGCCGCCCUGUCAGAUCUAGGCGAUGUCGCAGAGAUUACGCGAGAGGUCAACACCCACCUCGAAAUUGGUGCCAUCAUCCGACGCAGGCAUGAAAAAUUUGCUCCCGUCCUAGUGUUCAGCAAUAUCCGCCAUCACGCGAGAUAUCGCGUAGUAGGAGCACCCCUCUCCUACAGCUCUCUUCCCAAGGCUCGCAUGGCACGAAUUGCCAUGACUCUUGGAUUGGAUCCCACUACCCCCGGCACAGAAAUCGUGCAAACUUUGGCCAAGACAACCAAGCUGCCACCCGUUCCUCUGGUCAUUGUCGAAGAUGGGCCGGUCCAUGAGAAUAUCUUGCUGGGUGAUGAGGUUGACCUCCUCAAAAUCCCUACACCACUGAUACACUUUGGCGAUGGAGGCCGUUUCUUCAAUAGCUUGGGCUUUUGGGUGGUGCGUAGUCCGGACGGCAAAUGA